CCACUACUUCUUCAGUCUGACUUUCCCUCUCUCCAACAAAAACAGCAAACGCAAAACGCAGCCGUUUCCAUAGCAAAGAUGUUUUCUUCUUCUUCUUCUUUCGCUCAUACAAUCCGCCUCUCUCCCCCUCUCUCCCCCGUAUCUCCGCCAUCUCGCGCAACUCGGAUAUCGCCUCCUCUCGCAUCCGCCUCUUUCUCCUACACCUGCGCGGAGGACUCUCCCAGACUGCAUCAGCUACAGCGGCGUUUGACGACGGCCACCGCUUCGCUCUACGAGAUUCUUGAGGUUCCUCACGGCGCGAGCCCCCAGGACAUCAAAUCGGCUUACCGGCGACUGGCCAGGAUCUGCCAUCCCGACGUGGCGGGACUUGAUCAGACGAACUCUUCUUCUUCGGGGGAUGAGUUCAUGAAGAUCCACGCGGCGUACUGUACGCUUUCUGAUCUUGAGAAACGCUCUGUUUACGAUCGGAGGAUGCUUCGGCGGAGCCGUCCUUUGACCGUCAGUACCUCCGGGAUGGGAAGUUACGUUGGUCGGAACUGGGAAACUGAUCAGUGCUGGUAGCGAGUUGACUCGGUGGCUGAGUUUUAAAUAGGAAGCGAUAAUUAUGGGCUUAACGUUGUAGUUAAUAUUAGUAAUUAGCUUACACGGACGUGGAUUAAUGUGCUAUAACGUUGGUUCCGUGUUACGUAGGAUCUACGUGCUUUUACCUUGUGAAUCCUUAUAUUAGUCAAUGAAAAAUAUAUAACUCAGUUUAAUUUC